GUUUUAAAAAAAACAAUCACUUCCUUAUUACAUCAACAUUUCCUUCAUCACUCACUUAAAAAGAGAGAGAGAUUCAGAUUUCAGAAACACAACACACCCAUUCUUAUUUCUUACCCAAGAUCCACCCAUCUCUCUCUCUCCUAAAAAAAAUUUUCAAAUCAUGGGUGUUCAAGGUAACGGUACAUCCGACACUAAACCCUUAAACUUCCUAAUCUACGGUAGAACGGGCUGGAUCGGUGGUCUAUUGGGUAAACUUUGUGAAUCUCAAGGCAUCAAAUACACUUAUGGGUCGGGCCGUUUGGAGAAUCGGGCUUCCUUAGAGUCCGACGUUGCUGCGGCCCAGCCCACCCAUGUUUUUAACGCCGCCGGUGUAACGGGCCGGCCCAACGUUGACUGGUGUGAGUCUCAUAAGGUUGAGACUAUUCGUGCUAACGUUGUUGGGACACUCACUUUGGCUGAUGUUUGUCGUGAAAACGCUAUCGUUUUGAUCAAUUAUGCUACUGGGUGUAUUUUUGAGUAUGAUGAUAAUCAUCCUAUUGAAUCUGGUGUUGGAUUUAAGGAAGAAGAUACUCCCAAUUUUAUUGGGUCUUUUUAUUCUAAGACUAAAGCUAUGGUUGAGGACUUGCUCAACAACUAUGACAACGUGUGCACGUUGAGGGUGCGCAUGCCAAUCUCCUCUGAUUUAUCCAAUCCCCGCAACUUCAUCACCAAGAUCGCCCGGUACGAGAAGGUAGUCAACAUUCCAAACUCCAUGACAAUCUUGGAUGAACUUCUUCCCAUUUCAAUUGAGAUGGCAAAGAGGAACCUUACAGGAAUUUACAACUUCACAAACCCUGGUGUCGUGAGCCACAACGAGAUUCUAGAGAUGUACCGCGAAUAUAUUGACCCCAAAUUCACAUGGAAAAACUUUACCCUCGAGGAGCAGGCUAAGGUGAUCGUUGCUCCAAGAAGCAACAAUGAGCUUGAAACCACCAAACUGAAGCAAGAAUUCCCUGAACUUCUACCAAUCAAGGAGUCCCUCAUAAAGUAUGUGUUCGAGCCCAACAAGAAGACAGAUAAAGUUGCAGCAUGAUGAUAGUCUAGAACACAAUUUUUAGUUCCAACUCUCUCAUAUUGCCUAUUAUUUGGACCGAGUUGAAGGUGAUUUGCAUAAUUUCAUCAUUUUAGUCACUGAGUGAUUGUUAACGUUUUGUACUAUGUUUAUUUGUAUUUCUUUCUUCUCAAUUUUAUAAAGCAAAUGAGUGAUGUUUGUAUUUGUAACAAUUGGAUUUUGAAUAAGAUACUUGAGGCUGAGAUUUGUGGCCGUAAUUGCAUUUUUACAAUUAUUAUCUGAUUCAUUAUUAUGUGUUA